GGAGCCAUCUUGUUUUAUUGGAAAUUUGGACUGGAAGGUGUCGGAGCGGUGGGGUGUCUUUCCAGUAUUCCUCUGAGAAUAAUCUGAUAUAUUGUCAUGUCUGACUUUAGUGCGCGUCCAUAGGAUAAACUAAUGGAAUAAUCCCCGUGGCGCGUCUGCAAUUCACACCUUUAUUUUAGAUAUAUUUCUGUGUGGGGGCUACUAUGAUGAAUGGAGGAUAAAUGUUGCCGAAGCCCGACUGCAGCGGUGUCGCCCUCCUGUCUUUCCUCUGCGCGCUGACUGUAUCGGACCCGCCGCGGUCAGAGCUGCGCUGUGGCACUGACCAGUUCCUGUGCCGCAGUGGGAAGCUGCAGUGCAUCCCCGCGUCCUGGAGAUGCGAUGGCUGGGCCGCCUGCGAAGACCGGAGCGACGAGCUGGACUGUCCUCCCACCCGUGAGGAGAGAUUCCGCUACGGCAACGGCUUCGACCCGCUGGAGGAUGUGGUGGGCGUGGCCCAGCCCAUGCGCUUCAACAAGAAGUGUCCCAGUGGUUGGCACCACUAUGAACGGACUGCCAGCUGCUACAGGGUGUACCUGAGGAACGAGAACUACUGGCAGGCGGUGGAGACGUGCCAGAGGGUCAACGGCUCCCUGGCCACCUUCGUCACCGAUGAGGAGCUGCAGUUCAUCCUGAGGAUCGAGGUCGACUUCGACGAGAAAGUGUGCGAGCGCAGGGACCAGUGCAAGUUCUGGGUGGGCUACCAGUACGUCGUCACCAACCAGAACCAUUCCCUGGAGGGACAUUGGGAAGUGGCUUAUAAAGGGUCCAUGCAGGUUUUCCUGCCACCGGAGGGCCUGACAACCUUCGGGGAGGGCAAGUUAACCAAGGACAGCAUCUUCUGUGCCCAGCUGCAGCGUUUCCAGAUCAAGACCAUGAGCGAGAGGGGUCUUCACAGCUGGCAUGCCGAGGACUGCUACAAGAAAUUCCCCUUCCUCUGCAAGAGGAGACAGACCUGUGUGGACAUCAAGGACAACGUGGUGGGCGAGGGCUACUACUUCACGCCCAAGGGGGACGACCCGUGCCUGAGCUGCACGUGCCACGACGGCGAGCCGGAGAUGUGCGUGGCGGCGCUUUGCGAGCGGCCAGCGGGGUGCCAGCACCUCCUCAGGGACCCGCGGGAGUGCUGCAAGUUCACCUGUCUGGACACGGACGGCACCAGCCUCUUUGACUCCAUGGCCAGCGGCAUGCGCCUGAUUGUCAGCUGCAUCUCGUCCUUCCUCAUCCUCUCCCUGCUGCUCUUCAUGGUGCAUCGCCUGCGGCAGCGGAGACGCCAGCGCAUCGAAACGCUCGUCGGCGGCAACCUCCAUCACUUCAACCUGGGUCGCCGAGUCCCCGGGUUCGAUUACGGCCCCGAUGUCUUCGGCACCGGUCUCACACCCUUGCACCUGUCUGACGACGGAGAGGGGGGCGCCUUCCACUUCCAGGAGCCCCCACCUCCCUAUGCGGCAUACAAGUACCCAGACACCCAGCACCCUGACGACCCCCCGCCCCCAUAUGAGGACUCCAUCAACCCGGACAGCCUCCUCUACAUAGACUUGGGAAGGAGUGCCAUAGCACCCCCUACUGGUGACCCGCCUGACAUGGAAGCCAAUAGUCCCCAGUCUGGGGCCCUGGAGGAGAGUCUGGUGCCGGCACGGUCCCGAGGAGGGCGGGAGGAUUCUGUGGACAGCAGCACGUUAUUGGUGGUGCCAGACACACCCACUGAUGAUUUCCCACCCCCCAUCAGCUCCACCGUGUAGAUGAGAGAGGGAGAGAGAGAGAGAGACGGAGGCAGACAGAACUGUCUGGCAUUUGAGUUGGAGAAGAAUUGAGUGGGAUGUCUUUUUACAGAAAGAGGGAUCUGAAAAUGCUCUAUCGGUCUGAGUCCAUUUCUUAUUCUCUGCUAAGAAAGAUCAUGCUUCUGAUGCGUGACCUGAGGGGUGGCUGUCCAGCCAAAGACCCACAUUGCACCAGACGCCUCUCGAGAAGGAAGUGUGCCGAGCAAAAUGGCUGAACUCAAAAGUGGCAUGAGGACCGACAGACGGGACCCGUCCAGCAGAGGAGUUGACUGCCUGACAGCUGUCACACCUUCCAGAUGGGUCGUGCCAAAUUUGUCAUGGAUUACUGAUGGGAGGGGCCCCCUCACAGGAGUUUUGUCUCCAGACGGACUUUUGGGAACUUUAAAUAGAGGCCCUUCUAGCCAAAGCUAAGAAACGCCGACACUGAUCUCCUCACCUUCAGUGCUCCCACAUUUUUGAUGUUGUGGCCCUUUCGUCACUCGAGGUGACACUCAUGUUGAACUGGUUGUCCGUGCUUCUGGGAUGGUGCUGGACAAGUGACAGCAUACAGAUCCAAGAGUGUCUCUCUGUUCAGCUUUAGCUUUAGUUUAAUCUUCGUAGGUGUUAUCCGGAGAGGGGACUUUGAUAAAAAUAACCCGGAACAAUGGAGAGAUAUAAAAUAGGAUUAUUUGCAUCCUCAAGACUUUUAUAUCCUCUGUAUAACUACCAUUUCUGGAAUUUUUUAAAUAGACUUUAUAACAUCUAUACAAAAACCAUUCAUAAAGUAGUGUUUACUGGCCUCUUGCUUUAUAUUUCACGUUUUCCAAGAGGGAUAAGGCAGAGUGUGUGAAUGUGAUAAUGGUGAACGUGGUGAAUUUUGUGCUUCUUGAGCAGAGGUUCUGAAUCGUGUUCUCAGUUCAACAGCCUUGCAGCGAUGACUAAAUUGAGCUUUUCCGAAAAAGUAUUGUUUGGGUGGGGGUUUGCUGGUUGGGGGUAUUAAACUGAAAGGUAAUAUGAAAUGGAACAUGGGCACUGUCAUAUGGUACCAGGUGUUGUUCGUGUGUGUCUGUGUGUGUGUGAGAGAGAGAGAGAAAAUUACACUUUCAAGUCUGGGCUCGCUAAUUCUCUGCACCUCCUGUGUCCUGCGGUUUGUGUGGAGCAAGGGGAGCCCAGGAGCAGGGAGAUUUCCCCAAUUUCAUUUCUGUAGCUUCUCUAGUAGUUGUGAAAUUGCACGACGGUCAUCCUGACAUUGUCCCUGCGCUUUCUUUCCCGAAAUUUGAUCUAUCUUGCGCGAUCGGCGCCUCUGAAAUGUGGAUCCAACUACAGCCACGUUGUGAAUUUGGAAAGCCGUACCCAGAGCAGCCCUAUUGCCUUUCUCGAAUAACCGAGCACUUUAAAGGUCGCGGGGCAAUGGAGAGAUGUGAGAAGCAGUUCCCUCCCGCCCUCUGGUGUCGAGUCACGGUUCAGCUGAUACGCCUCGGGGCUUGGGCACUGACAGAUCCGCGUCAGCCUGUUUCAGUUUGUGGGGCUGUCUCCGUACGAAUGACAUUGAAAGCACAACAUGAUCAUUUGUGUCAUUUAUUUAAUCUGUCCGCCUUUUUCUUUUGUUGGGUGUAGUGUGUUAGUCAUUUCAGCGUUGACAAUCUUAUGCAGAGCAUCGUUUUUACUGUUUUACGGAACCUUUUUAAAAAGACAUUUAAGCGCUUUAAUAAAACGAUUCCUCCUUCGCUGAGAUCAGUCGAGUUCUCGACGUACCAGGAACUAAGGAGCGCAUCGGACGCGCUGCAGCGGCGCAGGAAAAACGGAUCGUGCUGGGUGCGGAGACCUCAUUUUAUUUUUUUGAUUACCUGACAUUCUGGUUCUGUCAUUUGGCCCUGCUGAGUGAUUUGAAAGCAUCUUGUCCCUAAGAAACGCAAGCUUUGGUUUUUGUUUUAGUAACGCCUACCACAGUUCGUCUAGUACUUUUGUUUAUAGUUUGCAAAAACAACUGGUGGUAGAAAUCUUUGUCCAAGAAAGACGCCUGUAGGAUCAUACAUUUUAUAAUGUGUUAUUCUGCACAUUUGAAAUUCCCCCUCCACGCGGCAUCGUGUUUUCACAUUAAGAAUCAGCUGUACAUGUAAUCAAAUGCCAAAUAAAUUAUACCAUGAAGGACAA